CAUCGUCCGUUCAGAUCGAAUUGUAUAAUCUUCCCAUGAAUCAUCACUCGGCUUUUGUCUCGUCACAAACUUUUCUUUUCUAUACUUGUAAGUCUACAAGUUGCAACUCGUGUCGUCGAGCACUAGGAAAUAGUUUUGUUCCCAUCCGUAACAGGAAAACUUUCCUGAAUACUGUUCUUCUGAGACCACCUGGAAACAAGAGCAGAGAUGUUACAAGUUGGAAAGCCCAGCAAGAGUUGGAAAACACCAGUUUGAAUAUAGAAAGGGAAACGAGUACAUUUACUGAGUCCUCCCAAAGUAGAGCAGAUUCCACCGAGAACCAAGCCACAUUUGAGGAACAUUCCUCGACAGAGUCAACGGAAGAGGAAUUGGAACCUCGUUCUUGUUACAAACUAUACAUGAAGCAGAAGCAACUGGAGAAGGAGUUCCAACGUCAUGGAAAGGACACAGGGUCUUCCGAAGUGCAAGUUGCUAGACUCACGGCACGGAUCAAUCACUUAACGGAGCACGCAAAAGAACACAAGCACGACUAUGCCGCUAUACGAGGCUUAAUAGGAAUGGUCAACAAGCGUAAAAGGUUAUUGAAAUAUUUGCGUCGAUAUGGUGAUGAACGAGUCAUACAGUUGGCAGAACAACUUAAUAUUAGGGUCAGUCGAGAACUGGUGGAGUCAAGAAAAUGAAAAAGUCUUUUAGUUGGUCGAGUGUGUUUU